UUUUGACAUAGUUUUCGAUAAUUCCAACAGGGGUCAUAUCAGGUCGUGGCUAAAUGUCCUUGUGACUGUGACGUAAUUAUAUAAUAAAUAACAAUAAGAGUGUAAAAAAUAAUCACAGGAACAGCUGAUAAACAAGUUAUUUAUAUUGGAUUAUAAUUAGAAAAUAAUGUGUUUAUCUAAAUUGUUUUUUACAACACGUUUGUCACGAUUGUUUUAGUAUUUAUGUUAUUAUUGAUGGUGAAGUCACCCGGCGGCUUUUAAAACAUAAAGAACAAUGUCUCGAGCAAAUUCAGUCCCUUUUAACGUUUUCGCUGAUGAGACAGACAAGGAACUUGAGGCAUCCCUCGAAGAAAAAACGGAUUAUAUCAAUUUCAAUUCGAGCAAGCUGGUAGUUUAUCCAAAAACAGGGGGUGUUAAAAGAGGCUCCGUGAGUCCCAGCCUAAGGACGCUUCUCUUGAUUAUUGUCCUGUCAUCUGUUUUUAUCGUUCCACCAAUUGUGUACUUGCUCAACUGCUUCGAUGUCGCCUACAAUCAGUCCUAUUAUGGGUACAGUGAGAUCAAAUACAGAGAGGUCAAAGCACAUCGCUCCGAGCUCAAUCAUAAGAAUUAUUCAAGUCGAGACAAUCAUAUAAAACCACAGGCAACUCCCAAAGUCUUACCUCCAGCGCCAAAACCUGACUAUCAAAAGUGUGGUAUCCUUAGAGACGAAGGGAAAUUCGACUGCUAUCCCGAAAACGGAGCCAACAAGCAAAGCUGUGAAGCAAGAGGGUGCUGUUGGAGUGGACAGUCCGUUGAGAUACGUCCACAAGUCCCCUUGAACGUGCCCUACUGUUUUUAUCCGCCAAACUUCAAUACGUACAACUUUAUCAAUGUUACUGACACAAAAUCCGGCCUGGUUGCCUUCAUGACGAGGAGCUUCCGGACUGGCUACCCUGCAGAUGUUGAACUACUGAAGAUGGUAGUCAAAUACGAGACAGAGAAUAGGUUGCACGUCAAAAUUCUGGACGCGACUGCUUCCAGAUUUGAACCACUUUACCCAGAGGUUCCUUUGGUGAACACGGCUGCUGUGAACAAGUCGUACAUUUUCGAAAUGGACCUUCUUCAGUCUGGUUUCAAGGUUGUUAGGAGGGAUGAUAAUACCACGAUCUUUGACGCCAAUAACUUCCUGAACCUCAUUUUCUCUAAACAGUUCCUGCAGAUUAGUUCGAAGCUGCCUUCGAAGUAUAUUUACGGUAUAGGAGAGCAUCAAUCGAAUCUCUUGCUUUCGACUGAGUGGUCACAGUUCACAUUGUUCAAUCACGAUGCGAUACCUUCGUUCAACAAAAACUUAUACGGUAGCCACCCUUUUUACUUGAUGAUGGAGAACUCUAGCAAGAGCCAUGGUGUGUUUCUGCUGAACAGCAAUGCCAUGGACGUUAUCCUGCAACCUACGCCUGCCAUAACGUUCCGUACCAUCGGAGGAGUUUUGGAUUUCUAUUUCUUCAUGGGUCCUUCUCCUGCCGAUGUGGUAAGUCAGUACACUGAUCUCAUUGGACACCCUUUCAUGCCCCCUUAUUGGGGACUGGGCUUCCACUUGUGCCGGUUCGGCUACAAAACUCUAAACGACACGAAAGCGAUCAUGCAAAGCAACAUCGAUGCUGGAAUUCCGCUGGACACACAGUGGAACGAUCUCGACUAUAUGAAUAACAGCAACGAUUUUACUAUCGACGCAGUCAAUUAUAAGGGUUUGUCAGAUUUCAUUGAUGAUUUGCACUCUAGAGGGAUGCAUUACAUCCCUCUGAUCGAUCCGGGGGUGAGUGCCAGUGAAGUUCCGGGUUCUUAUCUGCCUUACGACGUGGGGAUCAAGAUGGACAUCUUUGUGAAAAAUUCGACUGGCCAACCGUUUAUUGGAAAGGUUUGGAACAAACACUCUACAGUGUGGCCCGACUUCACAGAUCCAAACGGCGUGACGUACUGGACCCUCAUGUUGAAAAAACUGCACGACCAGGUGAAAUUCGAUGGAGUAUGGAUCGACAUGAACGAACCCUCGAACUUCCUAUCUGGGUCUUUUAACGGCUGCCCUCAGUCUUCCCUGGAGAAUCCCCCCUAUCUUCCUGGAGUAGACGGCGGCAUCAUCAACUACAAGACAAUGUGCAUGUCUGCCAGACAUUAUGCCGGACUGCACUAUGAUAUCCACAAUGUGUACGGUCUAGCCGAGGCUAUUGCCACUAGCUUUGCUAUGGAGGAAAUCCGCGGUAAGAGGCCCAUGGUCAUUUCACGAUCGUCCUUCUCAGGUCUUGGACAUUUCGUCGGGCACUGGAGUGGGGAUGUGUGGUCCGCCUGGAGCGAUAUGAGGUAUUCCAUUCCAGGGAUGCUGAGCUUCAGUUUGUUCGGGGUACCUCUCAUGGGGGCCGACAUCUGCGGAUUCAAUGGUAAUACGACUGAGGCGCUGUGUAAUCGUUGGAUGCAACUUGGGGCUUUUUAUCCGUUUUCGAGAAAUCACAACACGGACGACGGAAUUCCUCAAGAUCCCGUUUCUAUGGGAGAGCAAGUUGUUACGUCUUCAAGGAGAGCUUUAUUGAUUCGAUACUCUUUUCUGCCAUAUCUAUACACGUUGUUCCAUAAAGCACACGUUGCUGGUGAGACCGUAGCCAGGCCUUUGUUUUUCGAGUUCCCGGACGAUCCAGCAACGUACAGCAUCGACACCCAGUUUCUUUGGGGACCGGCUCUUAUGAUCAUCCCUGUACUAGAGGAAGCCGUGGACAGCGUUCAAGCCUACGUCCCUAAGGGUGUUUGGUAUGACUUUUACACGAAAUGGCCAACAACAAGCGAGGGGGAAAACUUCACCCUCUCCGCUCCCCUAGAUACUAUCCCUCUGUUAAUAAGAGGGGGUUAUAUCCUGCCGCAGCAAAAUCCCAAUCAAACCACAAUGGAGUCAAGAAAGUCAAAAAUUGAGUUGUUUGUUGCUUGUGAUCAGGAAGGGAAGGCUUUCGGGGAGCUCUUCUGGGAUGACGGUGAUUCUUUAAAUACCUAUGAGCUAGGCCAAUAUUAUCUCACAUCGUUUGAGGUGGCCGACAAUGUGCUUCGCUCUCUCAACCUUCAUGAAAGUCCUCUGGCAGUACCUCCCAACUUGGCUUCGUUAUUUGUUCUAGGAAUUGACAAAUUCGUUAGCAAGGUUACCGUCAACGGUUCUCCUCACACUCAUUUUACAUUCGAUGAGAAAUUCAAGUACUUGUUAGUCGAAGACUUGGACUUGAAACUCCAGGAGGAGUUCAUCGUUACUUGGCAGUGAGAGAAUCGAAUUUGUGUAUGGGCCUUAUUUUUGCUGUACUUCGGACAUUCCGAAAACCUGUAAUCAGUGAUAUGUUACUUAAUUUGCGAGCUGUGCCGAUUUAUCCAGUUUCGAUGUUUUAAAUGUUUGGAGCGUAUACUCCCAUAUGUAUGAAAUUUAAUGUGCCAUUAUUGUCAAGGGCGGAACGGUAGGUCAGUUACCAUCUGUUCGGACAGAGACGAACAAAAAAAAAUUGUACAAAUUUGUGAUACGUGUUCAACGAUACACUCCAAUAGAUAUAUUUUCGUUUAGAAUCGAUUCGAUUGUUGUGUAAUUUUACUGCAAAAUAGAUCUGUGUAUUUUUUUCCUGAUAUGUGAUACGUGUGAUUGGCUUACUUCCAUAGACAAUUUUGAAAAACCCCGAUUUCUGAUAAACCUUGGCUAAUUCCCUUAUAAAAUCAGGCCUCUGUUCAUGAGAAGAAGAAAUUAAACUUCUUCUUUUGGAUUUUUACUGCGGCGUAAUCUUACAGAGAAAGUUAUCAUGUUUUUUGAAGAAACUUCUUUUGUUUCCUUUUUUCACAUAACACUGUUUUAAUACAAAAUUUGCCGAAAAAUUAUUUGAAUGAAUUUCUCGAUUUCACACUAUUUUUGGGACAAUCAUUGCGACUGCCCUUGUUAUUUAAAGACUGAGCAGACUAGUUAAAUAAAGAGGUUCUAAUUAAA